CCACGGCACCUGCGGGAGCCGAGGAUCCGCAGGCGCCGGGAGGCUGCCUGGCCCUGGCGUCGCUCCUCCAGGCGGGCGGGACGUCCCUCAACCACAUGGCAGCGGCCUUGAUCCACGCCCCUGAGCAGGAGGGCGGGGUCAUGUCUCUAAAGCAGGAAAUUCGCGACACCAUGCUGGAGGUCCGGCGGGCGAUCUCGGGCGCGGAGCAGCAGCGGCGGCCGAGGCACUGCCGCGACCUCCAGCACGCCGGCGACGUGGCCUCGGGCGUCCGGCAGGUGUUCCCCUUCCGCGCCGCGCCCGACGCGGUCGCGACCGUCUACUGCGACCAGGACACCGACGGCGGCGGCUGGACGGUGUUCCAGCGGCGGCGGAAGGGCCCUGCGCGCGAGGACUUCUACCGCACGUGGCUCGAGUACAAGCUCGGCUUCGGCCACAUGGACGGCGGCGAGUUCUGGCUGGGCCUCGACCUUCUGCACCAUCUGACCUCGACCGAGCUGCAGGAGCUGAGGGUCGACCUCGAGGACCACGAAGGCGGCGCGCGAUGGGCCAAGUACGGGUUCUUCCACGUGGGAGACGCCGCCGCCCGGUACCGGCUGAACGUCGGCAGGUACAAGGGCAACGCAGGCGAUGGCUUGGCUCCCCCUAGCCACAGCGGCCAGGUCUUCAGCACCCACGACCGCGACAACGACAGCAUCAACAGGAACUGCGCCAUCACGUAUCGCGGCGCCUGGUGGUAUGGGUCGCCGUGCCACACUUCCAACCUGAAUGGCUAUCAGUAUGAGGGCCACCACGAGAGUUUUGCAGAUGGCAUAAAUUGGCACCCCUGGAGAGGGUACAAUUACUCGCUCCAGAGCACGACAAUGAUGAUCAGGCCUGCGUUCUGAUUACCUUAUAUAUGUUUGUGUUACAUAUUACAUGUACACCUUUCUUCAAGUGUAAUUUUAGGGUCUUUUGAACCAUGCUUGUUUGCUGCAGAAUUUUUUGCAUCGUAGUUUUACGAA